AUGAGUAGGAAGCUGACAAUAUACCAAGCUGGAUCCGAUGUGGCCGGAAUCACCACCACCGCGGAACGCCGAGGUGACAAAUAUAUCGUCAAUGGCGCAAAGAAGUGGAUAACCAAUGGCAUGUUUGCUGACUUUGUCACUGCCGCCGUGCGCACUGGAGGACCAGGGAAAGACGGGGUCUCAGCACUGAUCAUUCCCAUGAACGCACCAGGAGUGACGUGCAGGAAGAUUGACAACUCUGGCGUUCUUUCGAGUGCAUCCACCUACAUCGAAUUCGACGAGGUCGAGGUGCCGGCGAACAACCUGCUUGGCCAAGAGAACCGGGGGUUCGGUAUCAUCAUGGGCAACUUUAAUCACGAAAGAUUAUGGCUUGGGGUCACGAGCUUGAGACUCGCAAGAUGCUGCAUAGAAGACGCGUAUCGGUACGCGGCGGUGCGUGAGACGUUUGGAAAGCCGUUGUUGGACAACCAGAUGAUUCGAUCCAAGUUCAGCGCCAGCGGACGCAAAGUGGAGUCCGCUCACGCAUGGGCGGAGCAACUGGUAUACCUCCAGGGGGAAGCGAUACGCAGCGGUCGUGACACGCAGCUGGGCGGACUCAUAGCCAACUUCAAGGUCUUGGCGGCGCAGACGUUGGAAUCGGUGGUGCGGGAAGCACAACAGACCAUGGGCGGCGUCGGCUACUCGCGCGGCGGUCGUGGCGGACGCGUAGAGCAAAUCAGCCGUGAUGUGCGCGUCAUGGUCAUCGGCGGCGGCAGUGAGGAGAUAUUGGCUGAUCUCGCCGUGGUGCAAGAAGUCCGAGCAUUGAGCAAGUUGUAG